AUAUAUGUGUAAGAGGAAAGAAAGUGACAGAUCACUUCAAGUCUCCGGGCUUUACUUGUUGUUCGGUACUGUGGACGGUGGAGAGAGAAAAAAAAGCUGAAAGAUGAAGACUCUGGUCGUGCUGGUUCUCUGCUCCCUGGCUGUCGUCUGUCUGACCUCAGACUUCCAUGCUGCCAGUGACAACCCUGCUCAGGAGGGUUUGACUGUGGAGAAGGAGCAGGCGUCCAGCGUGGUGAGACAGAAGAGAGCUGCUGGAGAGCUGUCACUGACCCAACUGGAGAGCCUGAGAGAAGUGUGCGAGACCAACCUGGCCUGUGAGGAAAUGAUGGACACGACUGGAAUCAUCGCCGCCUACAACGCCUUCUAUGGACCCAUCCCCCAAUAGACAGCCAGCCGCCUCCCGCUGCUUUCUCUACUUUGCAUCGUCACCCUUGAGCUUAACUUUGUCUUUUGCAGAAGAAAUCGAAUGAGAAAACUUUUCCCCGAUGUGUGCCAGUGUGCAAAAGCUGCAACGCAAAUAUACAAGAGAAGGAGGUGGGGAUAAAGAUGUGAGCAGAUGUGCGAGAAAGAGGAAUGAAAUUGGCAUGUGAAUUUAUUUUUUCCACCCUGCAUAGGCCCACAGAAUCGUGUCCGAUCCUAACACGUCGGACAGCCUGUAGAGUAGUGUGAUGUACUUAAAUAAAGAUAAAUAAAAGUC